CCACAGCAGCACUUUGAGCAGGGUCAGAUGGGUGAGAGCCACGCGCUGGAGCCAACCACCACAUGUAGGGUUCAGCAAACGAUGACUGGAAUCCUAAAAUGACAGGAAGACUGGGUUCAAUAGGCAAAACGACACGGUCGGUUUCGAGUGAAUCUCCUCCGUGGAGUGAGCCAGCAUGGCCUCUGCCCCAGCACAGCAGCCCACGCUCACUGUAGAGCAGGCCAGAGUUGUUCUUAGUGAGGUGAUCCAGGCGUUUUCUGUGCCUGAGAAUGCAGCCCGCAUGGAGGAAGCCAGAGAAAGCGCAUGCAACGAUAUGGGCAAGAUGCUGCAGCUCGUGCUGCCUGUGGCCACUCAGAUCCAGCAGGAGGUCAUCAAAGCAUACGGCUUCAACAAUGAAGGAGAAGGUGUUCUAAAAUUCGCCCGGCUAGUGAAGAUGUAUGAAACUCAGGACCCAGAGAUUGCAGCCAUGUCAGUGAAACUCAAGAGUCUCCUGCUGCCGCCUCUCUCCACUCCUCCUAUUGGCAGCGGCAUCCCGAGCUCAUAGAACAGCGCCAACCUCCCACUUCAUCGACUAUAACAAAUUUCACAUUCAUGUUUUCCCAUUUUUGUCAAUUUGUCAAAAUGGAAUUAAUAUUCAAACAAUUGUCUUUCUCACAUAUGUACUGUAACAACGUUUCGUAGAUCGGGAAGAAAGAUGUGGGAACCUGGUGAAUAUUGAAAUAUAAAACUUAAAUAAAUAAACACAACGAAAGUAAAAACAACAACAUAAAGUCCUUUAAUGUGCAUAUGUAUCUAGCGUAACACUAAUUUGUUGAUGCCUUUUGAAGGCCUUGUUUGUUUUCAUACAGUUCAUAUUGAUUAUUGUCUCAUUUGGCCAUAUAAACAUAAAUGAUGACCUGUGACAUUGUUUUUGUGAUCAUUACUGUUUGCAAAACGGAUUAUUGUCACAUAAACAGUGUUUAUUCAAUAAAGUGUUUUUUUAAUUAA